GCCAUGGGCUGCACGUUGAGCGCGGAGGAGCGCGCGGCGCUGGAUCGGAGCAAAGCAAUCGAGAAGAAUCUGCGCGAGGACGGACUGAGCGCCGCCAAACAAGUCAAACUCCUGCUGCUCGGCGGCGGGGAGUCGGGGAAGAGCACGAUUGUCAAACAGAUGAAGAUUAUCCAUGAAGAUGGUUUCAGUGGAGAUGAUGUAAAGCAGUUUAAACCCGUCGUCUAUAGUAACACCAUUCAGAGUCUGGCCACCAUUUUGCGAGCUAUGGAGACCCUCGGCAUUGAGUAUACCGACAAGAGCAGGGCUGCUGAUGCAAAGCUAAUCUUUGACGUGGUCAGCCGAAUGGAGGACACAGAGCCCUACUCUCCUGAACUGCUGGCGGCCAUGAUGCGUCUGUGGAAAGAUGGAGGAACUCAGGCCUGCUUCAAUCGCUCACGAGAAUAUCAGCUCAAUGAUUCUGCCCAAUACUACCUGGACAGUUUGGAGCGCAUUGGGUCACCAGACUACCUGCCCACUGAGCAGGAUAUUCUUCGGACACGCGUUAAAACUACUGGCAUUGUGGAGACGCACUUCACUUUCAAGAACCUCAACUUCAGGCUGUUCGAUGUAGGGGGACAGAGAUCAGAGAGGAAGAAAUGGAUCCACUGCUUUGAGGAUGUGACAGCCAUUAUCUUUUGUGUAGCACUGAGUGGGUAUGACCAAGUGUUACACGAAGAUGAGACAACGAACCGUAUGCAUGAGUCUCUCAUGCUCUUCGACUCCAUCUGUAACAAUAAGUUCUUUGUUGACACAUCCAUCAUCCUCUUUCUCAACAAAAAGGAUCUUUUUGGGGAGAAGAUCAAGAAAUCUCCAUUAACUAUAUGCUUCCCAGAAUAUACAGGUGCAAACACAUAUGAAGAUGCAGCUGCAUAUAUACAGGGGCAGUUUGAGAGCAAGAAUCGCUCUCCUAACAAAGAGAUCUACUGUCACCUGACGUGUGCGACUGACACAGGAAACAUCCAGGUGGUCUUUAACGCUGUCACAGACAUCAUCAUCGCUAACAAUCUGCGUGGCUGUGGCCUGUACUAAGCCCCUGCCUCAUCAGGCUCUGAUUGGUUGAUACCAAGGUGUGAUUGAACUGAAGCCCCACCCCUUUGGCCAGGGCACUCCCCUACUUUGCUGUCCUUUUUUUUUGUCUUUUGGUCAGGAUGUUCACCUUUUUCAAUGGUUUUGUUUUGUAGCUUGUCUAUCUAUGUUCAUAUUCUUGGUUGAGGAAAAAAAUGGGUAUGGCUGUACAUAUGUAGGGUAAAUAGUGUGGGCUUAGGCGUAGCUUGGGCGCAUGCGUGUAUGAAUGUAAGUCACUAUGAAUGAGCGUCUGAUAGUUGGUCACACAAAGUUCUCUGAGGCUUAUGUGGAGCAGAAAACCACAAAAUGCUGAUGCAACAGUAGUAUGAUCUUCGCCUAAAACUUCUCAGGAUCCCAGUGGGGUCAGUUUCUCUUGUAGCUUAUUCUUGUUUAAUAAUAUCUGAGAAAUACUGAAUGACUGUGAAUGAGACAUUUGCCUAACUGUUCAUUUGAUUAAGCUGAAUGUCAUUUCAGAAACUGAAUGUUGCUCAGAGGCAGCUCUCAAGCCAAAGUCAUGCGUGAACUUAGUGUCGCCUCUGAAUGAGUUUCCACCCAACGGCUUCAUGCUGUGGAAUAUGAUACUGUGCAACAAAUGAAUCUCCUAAGCAGCGCGAUGUCAACAGCAUUCUCACUCUCCAUGAGCACAAGUAGUAAAAAUCAAGUUCAGUUCUUUGUAAAUGAUUCUAUAUAUUUGUUUAUUUAUUAUUUAUUUAUUCAAU